CUAUUACCAAAGGAACGAAAAAAGGAAAUUUAGAAAUUUGAAUUCCACGUGGCAGUUCUAACGUUCGAGUAAAAAUUGAAACAGCUGGAUUAUCAGUGCUUUGCACCCAGACCUAACUGAAAAAAGGAAAUAGAGAAAUCAAACAUUACACGUGUCAAAUAUAACGGCUGGAUUGAUCACCGCACGGUCCGAACCUAAGGUUCAGCUUUGCGCCUGACAUCCCCGAACCUAAUUGAAAAAAGUAAAUAGAGAAACUUGAGAUGCAAGUAGUAGGAUUAUAAAUACAAAUCACACAGGACACAACUACACAAUUAGUCUUUGUUCGUUUGAUUACCAAAGUCUGAGAAAUCUAAAGAGAGUGAUAACGAAGGAAAGAAAGAUGAAGAGAUCUAUGUCUGAUUCUAAAGAAAGCAGUCGAUAUGGUCGAUGUGACGACGACGACAACAGCUGCGACUCCGACUGUCCUCACAAGAAGCCUAAAACAGAGGACGAUGCUGUUUCCUCGACCAAGAAGAGCCCUUUUAGAGAAAGAGACUUCUGGGUGUUGACUAGUUUUCUUGGAAAAGGCUCAUAUGGCUCUGUUCACUUAGCCGUGAGAACGACCGAGGGAGAAGAAGAAUCACUUCCUAAAGAGAUGGCAAUCAAAACGACCGAGUUCUCACAGGCUUCACGGCUCAAGAACGAGGCUGAGUUCUUAAACCGUCUCGAAGAUAACCCAUACAUCGUCUCCUACUAUGGCAACGUGACCACACAUGACAAGAAAACCAAGAAGAUGGUGUACAACACCAUUCUCGAGUACUGUCACGGUCAAUGCCUCGCGAAACACAUCAAACUCCACAAAGGAAUAGGGUUGGCGGAAGACAAUGUGAAGAUGUUCGCUAUGAGUAUCCUGAUUGGUCUGAAGCAUAUCCAUGAAAAGAAGAUAAUCCACUGCGACAUCAAACCGAAGAACAUUUUACUCGCCGCUGAGAAGACAGGGGAGCAUCACGGGUUUGUGGCUAAGAUCUCUGGUUUUGGGAAAGCCAUGGAGAAAGGGUCGAGUGAGUACGGUGAUGGAUGGGGUCACGUGAGAGGCACAACACGGUUUAUGUCCCCCGAGCUUAUAGGGGACAAAGUUCUGGACUAUGGUGCGGAUGUUUGGGCCUUUGGGUGCACGGUUCUUGAGAUGUUGACAGGGGAACGUGUUUGGGCAGAGCAUGGUGCGUUGUGUUGUUGGGAAGAAUGGAUUACUCUCAUUGGUGAAAGCGAUUUGGUUCCAUAUGUUCCUGAUUCUUUGUCUGAAGAAGCAAAGGACUUUCUGUCAAAGUGUUUUAAGAAAGAUCCUUCCCGAAGGUGGACUGUUGACAGCUUGAUGAACCAUCCUUUUGUUAGGUGGAAUAACGAAUACCCUGAAGAGGAGGAGGAAAAAGAAGAAAUAUUUGAAGAAGAAGAGGAAGAGGAAGAGGAAGAAAACGAAAUAUUUGAAGAAGAAGAAGAAGAGGAAGAGGAAGAGGAAGAAGAAGAAAUAUUUGAAGAAGAAGAGGAAGAAGAAAACGAAAUAUUUGAAGAAGAAGCGAUUGAAAUAGAUGAAGAAUACCCUGAAGAGGAGUCGGAAGAAGAAGAUCAAAAAUAGGUGUCCAUGUCAAUUAAUCUUGUUUCAUUAUUUGUAUUAAUGCUGCAAAAAUAAUGGUUAUUGUAAGAAGCAUAAAUGUUUCACUUGCAGUGAAUUAAUUGAUUUUCUCGAAAGCUUGACAAAA